CAUAACGGGCUAAUCAUAUUGACCAAACUUUAUCUGGUGCAUUCCGGUUGAUAACCAGGGUUUGGACUGGCGUCCGUAUGAAAAGUAGGAUUCCCAAGCAAAGUAAGUAGGAUUCCUAUUCCUCCUCCUCCUCCUCCUCCUCCUCCUCCUCUCCCACAAACCUUCUCACCCCACUCUCCUACAAAGCCUGCACCACCACCAUGACCGAACCAGUCGGGGAAACGGGACUGAAACAGCCCCUUAAAGGCCACAAAAACCGGCGUCUCUGGCUUAUCUUAGUCACUCUAUUUUCUCUUCUUCUCAUUCUCUUUCUAAUCGUUUUGAUUCUUGCUUGCACCGUUUUUAAACCCAAGGACCCCGAGACCACUGUCCUCUCUGCUACAGUUACUGGAUUCCGGCCGAGGGUGACCUUUCCAGUGCUGAAUUUCGAACUCAACGUGACUCUCGAUAUCGAAUUGCUGGUUCGAAAUCCUAACCAUGCGACUUUCAGCUAUGGAGAAGGCCGGAGUAACUUGUAUUAUCGAGAAAUCGAGGUGGGUCAAGCUGAUUUAGACCCUGGUAACAUCCCCGCCAAUGGUUCACGUAAGUUUAAGACUAAACUUACCAUUGAAGCCGAUAAAGCCAUCGAAAAGAUUAGUGAUUUGAUAAGAGAUGUCAUCAGAGGAGAAGUGGAGGUGGACGCGAAAACGAAACUGAAAGGCAAAGUUACAUUCCUUCGAAUAUUUCGACACCAUGCGGUGGCCACAGCCGACUGUCGAAUCGCCAUCGGGUUCCCAGAUUUGCAGAUCCAGCGUUUGUCUGAACUAUUUAUGUUUCUUUGUCUAAAUUUAGAGUUUUGUUAG